CUACAGGCCUAAUGUGGAUUUACUGAAGUGUCAUAAAGUUGAACAAAAACGUGUUUGUGCAGAAAGAUGCCACAUGCUCCAAAGACCUCCGUAAACAGUGCCAAACUGCAGACCAAGAGAAGUGCAUGGACCCCACUGAACCACGCACCUUCCAACAGCCAGCUUUUUGAAGAGAGGCGAGUUCUUUUGUCAAAAUGGUUUUCGAAUUGGACAGACAGUCAGAAGAAGACCAUCCUCCAGGACCUGAUCCAGAGCUGUUCUUUAGACCAGUUGAUGCUCCUUAGACUCACUCUGAGCAGACGGCUCCCUCUACAGGCCGCAGACUUCACCUGCAUGCUGCCCCGCGCUCUCAGUCUCUACAUCUUCUCCUUUUUGGACCCCCGCAGUCUCUGCCGCUGUGCACAGGUAAGUUGGCGGUGGAAGAACAUAGUGGACUUAGACCAGUUGUGGAUGGUUAAGUGUCUGAGGAGAGGCUGGUUUCUGGACUUCAGCCCGACUCAGUUUGAAGUGAAUGUGUGGAAGCGACACUACAUCUCCACUGUGCAGAGGCUUAGGAGUGCAGCCAUGCAGACCUUCUGGACACAGCAGCAGCAGCAGAGCACAGAUCAGCCCACAGCUGACAGUCCUCAUGAAGAACUGUGUUUAGAGGAUGCUCUCCUCAGUGAACCACAUCCUGAGUCCAAAAACAGCUCCACAAGAAAACAGAAACAAGCCAACAGGUCGUCUCUGUCUCUGCCUCCAUGGAGAGACGCAGACCCCAGACCCAGAGAUAUCGUACGCUUCAACUACUUGGACAACCCGCACUCUGUGACUGAAGCUUGGACAACGAAAACCCAAAGACCAGCGUCAAAGUGUAACAGCUCCACCGUCCACUCCUCCAAACCAGAGCUCAGAAGCAAAACACUGACUGAAGCCCAUUACAAGCUGCGCAAGGCCAAAUCUCUGAUGUUCCUGUCAUCCAAUUGCAGACCGACUCCGUCCCCUCCACCUCCUCUGGACCAAUCAGAGCACAGGAUUCACAGUGCACAGGAGUCAGUGAAAAAGCUGCUGAGAGAGUCCCAGUUUAAUGCAGGGGUCCGUCCUGGUCCCGUCAGGUCCUCUGUGCCCCGACUGAGCCUGCAAGGUCUACGGACCGCCCAGAGAUCACAUCGCAGUGUCCCCAGUGCACCAUUAUUAGAUUUCAUUCAACCUUGGACUGUGAGUACAUUGAACACAGAGCAGUGACGCCUCAUCAGGAC